AUGUCAUCAUAUCGACCUGAUCAACAUUAUACAAAUCAAGCACAAGGAGAACCUACGGAUGAAUUUUUGGCACAAGUGUUUCGAAGGGUUGAUACAGAUCGUUCGGGUUCAAUUACAGCUAAUGAAUUAGGAUCUGCCUUGUCAAAUGGAACAUGGACACCAUUUAAUCCGGAAACUGUUCGAAUGAUGAUUGGUAAGCAUCAACGAAAUAUAAUUGUAAUGUUACAUCUGAAACUAAAUCGAUCUACUACAAUUAAUCUUGAUGAAUUCAAAAGUUUAUGGCAUUAUAUUCUGCAAUGGGAACGGGCAUUUCGCGGUUUUGAUAAAGAUCAGAAUGGAUCGAUAGAUAAAACAGAAUUUAGAGAUGCAUUAACUACAUUUGGAAUGUUUGAUCAGGAUCAAUCAGCUACGAUCGACUUUCAAGAAUUCAAAUCCUUAUGGAAAUAUGUUUCCGAUUGGGAACGUUGCUUUAGAACAUUUGAUCUUGACCAUUCUGGAACAAUCGAUAAACAUGAGUUAAAAACAGCAUUGGCAUCAUUUGGUUAUCGUUUAUCCGAUCGUUUUUAUGAUUUGUUGAUAAAAAAAUUUGAUCGCUCAGCACGUGGCACUGUAGCAUUUGACGAUUUUAUACAAGCAUGUGUUUCAAUACAAACAUUAACAAACGCAUUUCGACAUUUUGAUCGUCAGCAAAAUGGUUAUAUUACAAUUGGAUAUGAAGAUUUUUUAUCCUUGGUGUUCAGUCUUAAAAUGUAA